UCUAAACGCCCAAAAGUGGAACGGAUCUAUGCUGGCCGUCAUCUGGUGGCGUGCCAGUGCUGGCAGUGACGAAAAGUGCAACGGCACUGAGGAUGAGGUUAGCAGAGGUGCACUCGGCGGUAGGAGUCUGCACCUCCUCACCGGAGAUCUACGAAAGAGAGAAGCAUUAUGGGGUGUGUUCACCCUGGACCUCGGUUGGUCGAACCGGGUUACGACCUCCUCUACGCACACAUACGCCCGGAUACUUUGCCGAAACGCAUCGAGCUACCGAGACGAUCCUGACACCGUUUGGCGAGGGCACGGUGGAAGAGCGCAAGAGAGGACUCUCGACGACAAUCUACUACCUCCUCACGCCCGACCAGCCCAACAACUAUAUCCACAUGAACAAUCCUCCCCGGGUGGAGAGGGUGAUACUCGGCCCACACGCAUCGCGGGGAGAGGUGCGGCAGUUGUACGUGUCGACGGGGUGGUGGUGCCCGGAUUCGAAUGGGUGGACCAUCAGUGGAUGCGGCAGACGGAUUUGGAUGCGUUGUAUCCGACAGAGAGUGGGCAUAGCAGUGAGGAUGAAGAGGAGAAGUGCUGCUGCUCUCGCAGGCUGACUCGACGCUACUCGUCGACUACGCCGCGCCUAGUGUCGGUGGUCAAUGGUGUCCCCGAUCAGCAACAAGGAGCGUCGAGCAGAGUCAACUGCGGGAUUGAUGCGGAAGCGAGGCGUCGAAGCAAAGAGACGGCUGGGCCUUGCUUUGUCCAAGGGCCAACGGGCGCAAACUGA